UCAGAGUCUACACAGGAAUGAAUAGCACUGCGGGGGUUGAGGGGGGAAGUGACCAGGGCUCCUUCGCGCAGUGGGCGUGGUUAGAGGCGGAAUUACGUCACGACGGCCGGGCGGAGCCCCGCCUCCUACAGUGGCGGGAGAUCUGAACGCGGGUCUCCGCUAACGGCCGCUACAGGGGCUCGCGGUUCUCUGCCGCUAUGAGUCGUAGAGGGCCAGAGGAGGAGGCGUGUGGCGUGUGGUUGGACGCAGCGGCGCUGAAGAGGCAGAAGAUGCAGACACAUUUACUCAAACUAGGCACCAAAAUGCUGACGUUGCUUCCUGGAGAGAGGAAACCUAGUAUUCCUUUUACUCAAAGAAGAGGAACCCGGCAGACCAGCAUCACCUCCUUUGUCACCUCACAGCCAGGAAUGGCAAAUGGUGGUAACCAGAAGAACGCGUCCUCUCUCAAAGAAAAUCAGAUCAACAGAGAAUGCAAGUCUAGAAGCCAGCUAGACUGUUUGGACCAGGGAUUAGAGGAUGAUUGCUUGGUGUCCCCUUUGGCCACUUCAACUCCUGCAGACAUCCGGGAAGCUGGACAUUCUCCUCAGUCUCCCCAGAUUUCAGGCUGCCAGAGUUUGGAAACAACAUCUUUGACUAUGAUGUCUUUUCCCCAGCCAGAUGUCCUGAUGGGCACCGGAGAAAGUAAAGCCCCCCUGGCUUUUUCCUUUACCCAGUUCUUAGAACAUUCUUGUUUGCUGGAUCAAAGAGAGGCCAAGAGGAAAAGGGAAGGACUUUGUGGAUCUAAGACGGACUGUCCAGGGAUGGGAAGCCACAUCAGACCACCUGGGGGUAAAUGCCAUCAGCCCUUGGACAAAGCCAAAGUGGAGAAAAGGGCGCCUGCCAAGGAGAACAGGCAGGCCCCUGUGCAUCUUCAGACAUACAGGCUUGGAUCCCACAGUGGGAAAAAAACAUUACUGGUGACAAAAAGCCCUUGUCCUCUUUCUGUAUUUCCCUGGGACAUUGACAGGAGAGACAGGGACUCCUGGAGUCAGCUUUUCACUGAAGAUUCCCAAGGCCAUCAGGUCAUUGCCCACAGCACUAAAAUGCCUUUCCAAGAUGUAACCAAUGCUAGGAAUCAAGGCUCAGGGCAGUUUCCCGACAGCUCUCAGGCCCAGGGCCAAGAUGGGCCUACUCUGUUACAUCUGCAGCCACACCUGCUCUUUACCCAGGACUCUGAAGGUAAUCGGGUUAUCAGGCACUAAUUCUAGACGUUUAUGUGAGUGUAUCUUGAAGUGGCAGAGCUGGAGGAAAGUGGGGUGGGGCUGGGUAAAGGGUAAGAUUUGUUUGGUGAAAGGCCAGGUGGGAUGAAGCAGUUGUCACUAUGGAACAUUUUCUGUAUAUAAAUAAAGCAGGCAGUGUGUGGUAGGCA